UGUGGAAGCGGAGGGAUAUUGGUGAGUGCGGGGGAUUUAAAGAGCGCCAGACACCGGCUGCUCUCAGUCAUCACACAGAUCUGAUCGCGAGAGCACGUCGCUCCCUCACAUUCCAAUAGUAGCUUGUACCCGCCGAACAUUCCAAUCAUGCCUGAGGAUGCUGCCAUGGAAGAUGUGGAGACCUUCGCCUUCCAGGCGGAGAUCGCCCAGCUUAUGUCCCUCAUCAUCAACACUUUCUACAGCAACAAAGAAAUCUUCCUGCGAGAGAUAAUCUCCAACAGCUCUGAUGCCCUGGACAAGAUCCGAUACGAGUCCCUCACUGACCCCUCAAAGCUGGAGAGUGGCAAGGAGCUUUUCAUCAAGCUCAUCCCAGACAAGAAUGACCGCACCCUCACCAUCAUUGACAGUGGUAUUGGCAUGACCAAGGCUGACCUGGUGAACAACUUGGGUACCAUCGCCAAGUCUGGCACCAAGGCUUUCAUGGAGGCACUGCAGGCCGGUGCCGACAUCUCCAUGAUUGGUCAGUUCGGCGUGGGCUUCUACUCGGCCUACCUGGUGGCUGACAAGGUCACAGUGGUGUCAAAGAACAACGAUGAUGAGCAGUACGUGUGGGAGUCCUCCGCUGGCGGGUCCUUCACUGUACGCACUGACCAUGGUGAGCCACUGGGCCGAGGUACCAGGAUCACCCUUCACCUGAAGGAAGACCAAACAGAGUACCUUGAGGAGCGCCGUAUCAGGGAGAUUGUCAAGAAGCACUCUCAGUUCAUUGGCUACCCCAUCAGGCUCCUUGUUGAGAAGGAGAGGGAUAAGGAAGUGUCUGAUGAUGAGGAGGAGGAAAAGGAAGAAGAGAAGGAGAAGAAAGAAGAGGAAGAUGAUGACAAGCCAAAGAUUGAGGAUGUAGGUGAAGAUGAAGAUGCAGAUAAGAAGGAUGGUGACAAGAAGAAAAAGAAGACUGUGAAGGAGAAGUACACUGAGGAUGAGGAGCUGAACAAGACCAAGCCCCUCUGGACCCGCAACCCUGAUGACAUCUCCCAGGAGGAGUAUGGAGAGUUCUACAAAUCCCUUACCAAUGACUGGGAGGAUCAUCUAGCAGUCAAGCACUUCAGCGUUGAGGGACAGCUGGAGUUCAGGGCUCUGCUGUUCCUGCCUCGCCGUGCUCCCUUUGACCUCUUUGAAAACCGCAAGCAAAAGAACAAGAUCAAGCUGUACGUGCGUCGUGUCUUCAUCAUGGAGAACUGUGAGGAACUGAUUCCUGAAUACCUUAACUUCCUCAAUGGUGUUGUGGAUUCAGAGGAUCUUCCUCUCAACAUCUCCCGAGAAAUGUUGCAGCAGAACAAGAUCCUUAAGGUCAUCCGCAAGAAUUUGGUAAAGAAGGCCAUGGAGCUUUUCGAGGAGCUGGUGGAGGACAAGGAUAACUACAAGAAGUUCUACGAGAACUUCUCAAAGAACAUCAAGCUGGGUAUCCACGAAGACUCCACCAACCGCAAGAAACUGGCAGAGUUCCUGCGGUACCACACCUCUGCCUCUGGUGAUGAGAUGUCCUCCCUCAAGGACUAUGUGUCCCGUAUGAAGGAGAACCAGAAGCAGAUCUACUACAUCACUGGUGAGAGCCGUGAACAGGUUCACAACUCGGCCUUCGUGGAGAGAGUGAAGAAGCGUGGCUUCGAGGUGGUGUACAUGGUUGAACCCAUUGAUGAGUACUGUGUCCAGCAGCUGAAGGAAUAUGACGGCAAGCAGCUGGUGUCCGUCACCAAGGAGGGUCUGGAACUCCCUGAGGAUGAGGACGAGAAGAAGAAAUUGGAAGAACAGAAGACCAAGUUCGAGAACUUGUGCAAGGUUGUCAAGGACAUCCUAGACAAGCGUGUUGAGAAGGUGGUGGUGAGCAACAGGCUGGUGACCUCGCCAUGCUGCAUUGUCACCUCCCAGUACGGCUGGACCGCAAACAUGGAGCGCAUCAUGAAGGCGCAGGCCCUCAGGGACACCUCCACCAUGGGAUAUAUGGCUGCCAAGAAGCACCUUGAGAUCAACCCAGAUCACAGCAUCAUCGAGACUCUUCGCCAGAAGGCUGAUGCUGACAAGAAUGACAAGUCUGUCAAGGAUCUUGUCAUGUUGCUCUUUGAGAGUGCCCUUCUAUCUUCUGGCUUCACCCUGGAGGACCCUGGUGUCCAUGCUGGCCGUAUCUACAGAAUGAUCAAGCUUGGCCUUGGUAUCGAUGAGGAUGACGCCCCUGCCGAGGACAACACCGAGAGUGUGGAGGAAAUGCCACCCCUGGAGGAUGAAGAGGACACUUCCCGCAUGGAGGAAGUGGACUAAGUGUUAUAGCAGUGCUGGUCACCGCAUACCAAAGCUCAUCCCUAGUUCAUGUUGUUUUCGUUAGACUUGUUUGUCUAAAGGAUAUAAAUUAUUAUUACUAUCGCAUUCCUAGACUGCAAACCUGCAGAUUUUCCUAAUUACAUACAAUCCCAUUCCAUUGUAUCAUCACAUUCCAUUCUACAUAUUUUUGUUGUAUAAACCGGUUAGAUGGUAAGCUAAUUCACAAGUGUAUCAUUUGUGUAAAUAAAGGAGAAUAAAAGUUUUGUAAUAAA